CAAAGAUGAGACUAAGGCCCGGCCUAAUUCUGUUACACCAUAUAAACCUAGUUACUAGAACCCUAAUCAGUUCAUCGGUCACAUUUCCGUCCGUUCAGCCGUGGCUCAAGAACAAUGGGGGCUUAUACUUAUAUAUCGGAGCUAUACAAGAAAAAGCAGUCGGAUUUGAUGAGGUUCUUGCUUAGGAUCCGCUGCUGGGAGUAUCGUCAGCUUCCCGCAGUUGUACGUCUCACCAGGCCUACCCGACCCGACAAGGCCCGCCGCCUUGGUUACAAGGCCAAGCAGGGGUUCGUGAUCUACCGUGUACGUGUGAGACGUGGUGGAAGGAAGAGGCCAGUUUCCAAGGGUAUUGUGUACGGUAAGCCCACCAAUCAGGGUGUUACUCAGCUAAAAUUCCAACGCAGCAAGCGCUCAGUUGCAGAGGAGCGUGCUGGAAGGAAAUUGGGUGGACUUAAGGUUCUGAAUUCGUACUGGAUCAAUGAGGAUUCUACGUACAAGUACUUUGAGGUUAUAUUGGUUGAUCCAGCUCAUAAUGCAAUCCGAAAUGACCCAAGGAUCAACUGGAUCUGCAAUCCAGUCCACAAACACAGGGAGCUUCGUGGACUGACCUCAGCUGGAAAGAAAUAUAGGGGUCUCCGUGGAAAGGGCCACUUGAACCACAAAGCACGUCCAUCAAGAAGGGCUACCUGGAAGAGGAACCAGACACUUUCCCUUCGUCGUUAUCGUUGAUCCUCUUGACAAGUUUGGUUCCUGUAAUUCCCUGUAUUCUGUUUACGGUUUGAGAUUUUUCUUGUGGGAAGUUGUUACAGUAUAUUAUGUUGAAAGUGUCGAAUUUAUACGAGUCAAUGACAUCUGAAUUUCGUGCUUAUAACUUGGUAUUAGUACUAUUUCCUCGUGAUAUUCACAUUUAUGUUGGAAAUGGUGCGUGUCCCUUUCAUAUGUUAUGCAAUUUUGUUACCCCCAGUUUGAGAUAUGAAAUCAUUCGAAUUUUAUUAGAA